GCAUAAGCCAAUUUACCAUUUUUUUAAACCUCACACUUUUUUUCUUUUGCACUGGAAAAUUUUCAUGGAUUGAUGGUAAAGUUAGUAGAUUAGUUGAUUGAUUGAUUGAUUUAAUAAAUAGUGUAAUUCUGAUUUAUAAUAAUAGUUUGUCAUAACCAUUAUAGACAGGAUGAGUGGAAGUAUACGACAAUUAGCCAGGCCGGAGAAGGCAUUUAAUAUGAGUGGAUUAAGAAAUGGUAGUGGUAUGACAUAUGUACCAAUGAGAACCAUAUAUUUGCAUAAGGGAUCAAGAGUUGCCGGACUUAAAAGAGAUCCUGAAGAAGUGUUUUUAAGUAAUAAAGGGUAUAAAUAUGGAAUUUCUGAAGAUAAUUUAAAGUAUAUAAAGGGAUUUUUACAAGAUAAAUAUCGUAUUUCUGAUGAAUUAAUUUUACAAGUUUUAACUCAUAAAUCAUUUGGUAAUGGGAUAAAACCAUAUAAUGAAAAAUUAAGUGCUAUGGGUGCAAAGUUAUUAAAUUUAUUUUUUGCUAAAUAUGUUGUUAAUAAACCAAGUUCAAAUGAAUUAGUAAUAAAUGGGAAAAAUUUAGAUGUUUUAGGUUCACCAAUUGCUAGAGAACUUUGUGGUAAAACUAGUAUGGGAGUAUUUGCAAAGAAUAAUCAAUUAAAUUCUGUUAUGUUUUGGAAACCUAAUACCAAAAAUAUAGGAUUUGCUAGUAGUGGAGAAUUAACAAUUAGUGCACAAGUAAUGUAUGCAUUAGUUGGAGCUAUAACAUUUAGUUAUGGUAAAAGAGUUGCUGAACAAUUUAUUGAAGAAAAGAUAUUACAAGGUAAUGGUAAUGAUACUAAUUCUAAUAAAUUAGAAACCAUAGCUCAAGUUGUAGUUGAAUCAGCUACUGCAAGAAAAAAGAGUAAGAAUCAACAAAGAGCUGAGUAAAUGAUAUAAAUUUAAAGCCAUAGAUGAAAUGAAAUUAAAUUCAUUAUCAUUAUCAUUAACAUUAUCAUUAUCAUAACUAUAACUAUUAAUUCAUUUUGUACAUAGAUAACAAUAACAUAGUAAUAAUAAUAAUAAUAAUAAUAUAACCAAUAGGUGAAAUCAAUUUU